AUGGCCAAAUAUCUCAAUGAUUUUCAGUUCGGAGUCGGGGUGUCGGGUGGCGCUGAGGCCAUUUUACAUAGCGCCAAUAGGUUGUUGAAUGAGCGCCACGAUGACAAAUCUCUCUCCAUGCUUACUAUAGACUUCUCUAAUGCCUUUAACCUGGUAGACAGAUCCGCAUUACUUCAUGAGGUCAGAUUGAGGUGUCCAUCUAUUUCUUUGUGGGUCGACUUCCUAUAUGGUCAAGCAGCAAGGUUAUGUCUAGGCAACACACAUAUCAGGUCUUCUACUGGGGUUCAACAAGGAGACCCCUUGGGACCACUUCUCUUUGCCAUUGUGUUGCACCCGCUUUUGCAUAAGAUUAGAGACAAUUGCAAGCUUCUUCUCCAUGCCUGGUACUUGGAUGAUGGCACACUUAUCGGAGAUUUGGAGGAGGUGGCCAAAGCAUUGGACACCAUUAUGGUGACUGGCCCAAAAUUGGGCCUUCAGCUGAAUAUCAAGAACACCGAGCUCUUUUGGCCCUCGUGUGAUGGUAGGAAGUUACGGGAGGGGCUAUUUCCGGCAGACAUUAGGAGGCCGCCUUUGGGGGUGAAACUUCUUGGGGGAGCUGUUAGUAGAUAUGCUAGUUUCAUUCGCAGUCUAGCCAUAAAGAGAGCCGAAAACGCUGUGAAUUUGAUGCGCCUUCUUCCACAAUUGUCUGACCCCCAGAGUGAGCUCCUUCUUCUUCGGUCUUGUAUGGGUAUUGCUAAGCUUUUCUUUGGGCUGAGGACGUGUCAACCCGUUCACAUGGAAGAGGCGGCAAUAUUCUUUGACAAUGGAUUGCGCGGGGCAAUUGAGGACAUUGUGGUUUGUGGGGGCCCUUUCUUUGGUGACAUACAAUGGCGAAUUGCUUCCUUACCCAUUAGGUUUGGGGGUUUGGGUUUAUACUCGGCAGUAGAGGCUACCUCCUAUGCUUUUGUUGCCUCACAGGCCCAAUCUUGGGUAUUGCAAGACCAUAUCUUACGGGAUAGCGGUAUACAUGGUAUGGAUUCUGAUUAUGAUUGUGCCUUGGCAUCCCUUCGCAACAAGCUUCCAGAUUUUGACCUUAACAAUUUUACUACUAAAGACACCGCCCCCCCUAAAUCCCAGAAUACACUGGCGAGUGCCCUUUUUUGUAAAAUUGUCCAAGAUAUGGAAAUGCAUUUCGACAUGACGGCUCGGCAGAAAGCAGUUUUUCAGUGCUUACGUGCACCACAUGCUCAAGAUUUUCUUCUGGCUAUCCCUAUAGAUGGGCUUGGCCAACACAUGUCUCCCGUGGAGUAUCGUAUUAUUCUCAAAUAUCGACUCAUGAUUCCCAUUUUUCCAGCUGACGAGAUAUGUCCUGUGUGUCGCAAGGGUUUCUGCUAA